AUGAGUGGUGUGGUAGUAACGCAGAAUCAGCAGCCGCGAUUCGCUUUCUAUUCGAUUGAGGAACUGUUGAAGAAAUCUUCUUCGAAAUCGCCUGUUGAACAUUCUCCGGAACAUGAAGUGCUUGACUUCAGCGGACCGAAAAAAGAAGAGAGAGAGGUCCUCUCACCGCCUGCCGUCUCACCUGUGACACGAUCCUCUGAAGAUGAGAGAAGUUUCCACGAUGAUUUGAACGACAAACCUUCGCGGAAGAUACGCCGCAGCAGGACAACAUUCACUACUUACCAACUGCACCAGCUCGAGAGAGCUUUCGAGAAGACCCAAUAUCCGGACGUUUUCACCAGAGAAGAACUCGCUCUACGUUUGGAUUUGAGCGAAGCCAGAGUUCAGGUAUGGUUCCAAAACCGGCGAGCAAAGUAUCGAAAACGCGAGAAGGCCAUGGGUCGCGACAGUCCAGUACAAUAUGGCUUACCCACGGAGGCUUCUUCCUCAGCAGCUGCUGUAGCCGUAGCAGCACAUCAACUUCAGCUCCAGCAGGCGGCACGUCAUUUCCCGGGAGUAGGAGAUUGGCAUUUGCCGUACUGGAAUCAAAAAUUGCUGUACAUGGCGGGCGUUCCCUUCCACAGUCUGCCGAAUCCGCUACUGCUCAGUCAACAGACGUCUGUUGAGUUGCUGCGGAGAAAAGUCGAGGACGAGAGCGAGGCGGCGCUGAGCUCGCCUCCCCGAAGUCCGAAACUUGAACCUGAAGUUGCGAAUAACUAG